UCCAGCCUGGUUCUGUCCCUCCGGAGCUGUCAGCGCCCGAGGAUGGAGGGGUCGUGCCGCCCUCUUGCCGACCUUAGGGCUAAUGGAGCCGGCACAGUCUGGGGGGGCACAGUCUGUGCGGCUGCCCCGGCUCCUCACUUCGGGGUCCAUCAAACACUCCCUUGCUGCCUUCCAGGUUUCCUGCUCUUGCAGGGCCUUCCGCAGAGCCUGGAUGACUCUCCCCCAUGACUGAAGAUGUUUCCCACUACCUGAGGACAUUGUCUCCUCAGCUAAUGCAUGAGAGCCUCUUCACAGAGGUGGAGCUGAGGAACCGCUUUUCUCAGCCCACUCCCAGCUCAUCCGCUCGAGGGCCACCAGAGCCUCAUGGCAGGGCCACAGCGCUUGCAAGUACCCUUGCAUCCCUGUGGAGAUCCCUGCUGACCAUGUGCAUCUUUACUGGGCAACAGAUGGCUGUGCACAAGAAGAGGUGCUUGAAAUUCAUUGUCUUCUUGCUUCUGAUGGUUCUUGCUGGUGUUUACUGUGGGACCUCACUGCCGGUGUGGACGAUGCGAGCAAAGGCACAGAGAGAGGAUCUGUCAUGGGCAUCCGCAGCAGAAACAAAGAUGCUGAGGAAUUUGCAAACCACUUGGACAGAGCAAACCCAAAAGUUGCAGCUUGUGCUGGAGGAGUUGGCUCAGCUGAGGGUGGAGAUAAGCAGUUGGAAGAAGGAGGGGCAGGAGGUGAACCAGGCAGCACUGAAGCUGGCUUUGGAAACCUACCUUGAAAGAUAUGACUGGGCCCUGAAAAGUUCUGGUGCUGUCGUUGACAUGCAGAGAACUUCGAAGACAUAUGACUGCAAAGACAAUUGGGUGUGCAAGGUUGUAUGGUUCUUCCACACUUUCAACCCUCCUGAUACGAUUUUAAAGCCGGAUGUGUCGCCAGGAAACUGCUGGCCUUUACAAGGGGAACAGGGCCAGGUGGUCAUCAGGUUGCCAGCACGAGUCCAUCUGACUGCUGUCAGUGUGCAGCACAUCUACAAAGAGGUCUCUCCAUCUGGGACCGUCACCAGUGCCCCCCGAGACAUGGCUGUGUUUGGAUUGAAUGCAGACAGAGAAGAAGAAACUCUCCUUGGGAUGUUCGAGUACAACGUGGCAAAAGAGGCCCUUCAGACCUUCCCUCUGAAGAACACACACAGAGCCUUUUCACACAUCAAACUGGUUGUGAAGAGCAACUGGGGGUACCCAGACUACACCUGCAUUUAUCGAGUGCAGGCUCAUGGAAAGAUGGCAGAACCAGAAAACCUCAACUGAAACCAGAGAAGAAAAAGAACACCAAUAAAGAGGAGGAAUGGGGGAGGAGGGAUCCAUGGUUUGUCAGA